AUGUCUCUGAGAGCCACAUCUCACAGCAACCUGCAGUCCCUCUCUUCACCAAAGCCUCUGGCGCUGGACAACGGGAUAUACAAGUCUUUCUCCCUGAGCAGCAGCAAUAUGAAUGGGAAAGGGGGAGGUGGCGGGAGGAUAGUGUUUGGGAAGGAGCAGGUGGAGGAGGUGAAGGGGUUCUCUAGGCCAUGCAGGAGGCCUGUGCGGGCCGUCAGACCGGUUAGUGCCCACAGCGUUAACGUCAGCGGAUCCUUCCUACAGAUCAACCAUCUGCAAGGAGAGCUGGUGAGGAAGAGAAAGGAAUGUGAAGACCUGAGGAAGGAAAAUAAGUAUCUAUCCAAUGAGAUCCAUAUGGAGCGGAUUACGAUGCGGACAGAGAAUGAACUCACCAUGAGGAACCUGAGAAACCUUAACCAGGAGCUCCAGGCCCAGGUCAAAGAGCUGAAGCACAAGGUGUACCUGGCCCAGCAGAGGGCGACGUUGUGCACCCGAGUGGCGGAUGAGGCGACCGAUGCGCGGGGCGAGGCAGAGAAGCACAGGGCACUUGCAGAGGCCCGGGCCCACAGCCUCAGGCAGGACAGAGAACUGACAGAGGCAGACAGGAGCCAACUGAGCGAGGACCUGCUGAAGCUAAAAAAACAGCACCAAGACGCUCAGCUUCUUCUGGCACAAACGGAGAAGAACUAUUUUGAGACAAGGCUGAAGCUAGACAGGAUAUCAGGAGAGAAACAGGCUCUGCUGGAAGAGAACAGAUGUCUGGAGGGGAACAGGGAUGCGCUGAGGCACAAACUCAGACAAGUGAUGGAUGAGAACACAAAAGUCAACGAAAAGGAGGUGAGUUCGAGGCGCAGGGCGUUGGUAGCGGAGGAGCAGAGUGAGAAGGCCAGCCAGGCGAAGCAGGAAGCUAACCAGGAGAGGCGGCUGGUGGAGAAGGAGAGGCAGGAGCGCACGGCCGAGUGUUUCAACUGGAGGGAGAAACAUCAGGCUCUGGCAGACAUCUUCAAAGCCCAGGAGGACCUCAAGUCUCAGAGGCAGAGCAAAGCAUGUCAAGCUACUAUCAAAAGCUUUUUCCUCUGCGUGACGGAAAAUGACCAGAGGGUGAAGAUUCUGAAGAAUCAAGAUGGCACUCCCAGGAACUUCACAGAAGGGGAUCCAAUCUUCAUCUCCACACCAGAGCCUGAGGAUGCUGACAGGAGCUCAUCCAGGAGCAUGUUCAGAGUAUCUGCCCCGCGAGUGGGGAAGGACCUGGGUCCAUCUCACUUUGGUGAUCUGUCUCCCGGCAUGGGAGGGGAGCACGAGGCCGGGCAUCCACGGAGAAGCAGGAAAACGGUGGAAUAUUUCUGGAUCCCAACAGAUGAGGAAUGACGGCAUUACGCAGUGUUCACGGAGGAGUUACAACCCACUUCGAAAUAGCCCGUCUUUGUUGAUGCUUUUCUAUUUACCAAGGGAAAAAGGGAAUGUGUUGUUUAAAUAUGAAGAGUAGUCAACUUUCAUGAUGCAAAAGAUGAAACUAAACUACAAUUAAAUCAUGAUCAGCACGGGAAAGUGAACACCAUUUAUAAAGACAUGUGUAAUAGUUUGAAAUAAAAAUAGUGCAAAGGACAAGUUUCAGUGCUCAAGUAUUGGACUUUAUUGACAGUUAUGCAAUAGGUGCACAAUAGUCAUUCCUUGAAUACAACAUGAUCAAAAUCUAUUGCUUUCUAAAUACACAUGGCAUGAGAGCACAUUUGCUAAUCUUGUUGGGCAAAUUUAAAAUUGUAUUUCUCAUGAUUUCAUUAAGACUUGAGUUACUGGUCUGUUGAGCAUUUUUUCCUGUUCUACAAGGGGACGACCGAAGCAAGAUUACUUUCUCUAACCUUUAUUCACCAAUAAAGACAGGAUAACAUUUAUUUGGUUCCAAAUUUCUGGUUUGCGAAACAAAUCAAAUAUAUCAUUCUACUUUCAUAAACUCAAUAUGCUGGGGAGAAUAUAUUCCUGACCCCCAACUUUGACAUAAAUUGCAGGCAAAAGGGACCGGGAAACAACCUUGAGUUAUCCAAUUCAAGUUAAAAAGUGUGACUUUCUUACGUUCUUAAACACUAGUGAACCGCAUAAGGGGAGCUCCAUUGGAAGUCCAAUCCAAGGUUGUAUUGUGGAAGUAGACCAGGAUAUUCAUUUCGAAGACUUCUGCAUUUGCUUUCUAGUACAAGUCUCUCUAAAAAGGAUCUUCUGUAUCCCAGCACAAAACACAAAGCCCAUCUAACUAAGAGGUAGAAACAGACAACUUUUGAAAUGUUACGGCAGCACACCAAUGAUUAACUUACAGUUUAUAUGAUUCCAUGUUAACGGAGCCUUGCAGCCACUCAGGUAUGACAGAAGGAUGUGUGUGUAUUAAGUCUACAGCUUUGCUUGAGAGGAAUAGGUUCCCCAUAUACACAAAAUGUAACAUGUUCCUCAUCAGUGAAAGGGCAUUGAAGAGCACUUUGGUUUAAAAAAAAUAAUGGGAGAAUGUAUUUCAGAUAAGCGUUGGUUGACCAAGCC